UUUCAGUCCGAGCAAUGGUUGCUUGCAGGCUGCCUGUAAUUGCCCAAGCACUCACCUUCCCGCCCUUUUUUCUUCUCUUCUUCUUCCUCUCUCUUCACUCCCAUCUCCUCCAAGGUUUCUGCCUCCUGCUCGCUCUCCGUGUUUGAUUGGGGUUUAUUCAAUACUAGCUGCACUGUUGAGGCCGUCACACAAUCAAAGAUUCAUGGAAGUUGCUAAAGUCGCUCAAAUUCUAUCCGAGACGCUUAGCAAUGACCCGCAAGUCAUCCAUGGAGCCACCGAGUCUCUCGAUCGCCUAUCUUCUCAUCCUGAGCUUCCGUCUGCUCUACUUUGUAUUGCUACUGGAAGUCACGAUCAAGGUCAAAAGAUAGCUGCUGCUGCUUACCUUAAAAAUUUGAGUAGGAGAAAUACUGAGGGCGAAUUUUCAUGUUCAAAAGUCAGCAAGGGGUUCAAGGAUGAACUGCUGAGAGCGUUGUUCCAAGCGGAACCAAAAGUUCUAAAAGUUUUGGUUGAAGUGUUUCACAGCAUAGUGGUCAAUGAGUUUGUGAAGCAGAGCUCAUGGCCUGAACUUGUGUCUGAUCUUUGCUCUGCUAUUCAAAACAGCAAUCUUUUCAACAAUGGAGCCAAAUGUCAAUGGAAUGCUAUCAACGCCCUGUCUGUUCUCUGUACAACGUGCAGACCUUUCCAAUACUUUUUGAAUCCUAAAGAUUCUAAGGAGCCCGUACCACCACAGUUAGAGCUACUUGCAAACACGAUUAUUGUACCCCUGCUAGCUGUAUUCCAUCGUCUUGUUGAACAGGCUCUUUCUAACCAUGAUGGAAGGGAAGUUGAGAUAGAUAAGAUUCUUUCAAUAGUAUGCAAAUGUGUCUACUUUUCUGUGAGAUCGCAUAUGCCUUCUUCUUUGGUGCCUCUACUUCCAUCGUUUUGCCAUGAUUUAAUUAGCAUUCUAGAUUCCAUAAAAUUUGAGGCUGCAGUUUCCCCAGAGUAUGGCAAUGUGAGCAGGUUGAAAACUGCGAAGAGAAGCCUGCUUAUUUUCUGCGUCUUUGUUACCCGACACCGAAAGCAUACUGAUAAGUUGAUGCCACACAUCAUAAAAUGUGUCUUGAACAUUGUGAAUUAUAGCAAAAAUGCUCAUAAGCUCGACUUUUUAUCAGAGAGGAUUAUUUCGCUAGGCUUUGAUGUGAUUUCACAUGUUCUGGAGACGGGGCGAGGAUGGAGGCUGGUUUCUCCGCACUUUUCAACAUUGAUACACUCUGGAAUAUUUCCAUCCCUUAUAAUGAACGAGAAGGACGUUUCUGAGUGGGAAGAUGAUCCAGAUGAGUACUUAAGGAAGAAUCUUCCAUCUGACCUAGAAGAAGUUUCUGGUUGGAGGGAGGAUUUAUACACAGCCAGGAAAAGUGCAAUAAACUUGCUCGGCGUUAUUGCAUUGUCGAAGGGGCCUCCCAGAGUGACCCAUAUGAAUGGUUCUUCAGCUUCAUCAAAGCGUAAAAAAGGCAGCAAGAGAACAAAUAAUCAAUGCGCUACUAUGGGGGAGUUGGUUGUACUUCCAUUUCUUUCGAAAUAUCCUAUUCCCUCUGAUGCAAACGCUUCCGAAACCAGUAUUGUAAAUAGUUACUAUGGUGUUCUAAUUGCGUAUGGUGGCUUGCUUGAUUUUCUAAGGGAGCAACAACCUGGAUACGUGACGUUUCUAAUCCGCACAAGAGUGUUGCCUCUAUAUGCUGUGUCAACGUGCCUGCCAUAUUUAGUUGCCUCUGCAAAUUGGGUACUUGGAGAGCUUGCAUCCUGCCUGCCUGAAGAGGUCUGUGCCGAAAUAUAUUCUUCAUUGGUUAAGGCAUUAUCCAUGCCUGAUAAGGAGGAAGUUUCGUUUUACCCUGUCCGAGUCUCUGCUGCUGGAGCAAUAGCCAAGCUUCUUGAAAAUGACUACUUGCCACCUGAGUGGUUACCUCUUCUUCAAGUUGUAAUAGGUGCGAUUGGCCAAGAUGAUGAAGAGAACUCCAUUUUGUUUCAGCUUCUCAGUUCCAUUGUGGAAGCUGGUAAUGAAAACGUCGCCAUCCAUAUUCCUCACGCUGUUUUGUCUCUGGUUGGUGCAAUCUCAAAAAGCAUACCUCCAAACUUGGAGCCAUGGCCUCAAGUUGUUGAACGUGGGUUUGCAGCUUUAUCAGUGAUGGCUCAGUCUUGGGAAAACUUCAUACUUGAGAAAACUGAGCAAGAUGCAUCAUGUGAACGGUCAACAUCGGAGCAAGCCACAAUCAGUAGAUCAUUCUCGUCUCUCUUGCAGCAGGCGUGGCUUGCACCCAUGUACCCAUUGUUGUCCCAGGAAAUGGACGAAGAUCAGGAAUUCUUGACCCCUCCAUCAUGCAUAGAUCAUUCAUCAAGGUUGCUUCAGUUCAUCAUGCUGUCUGUUACAGGGAGCAAUACUAUUUCAGAUCUUAAAGUAUCUGAAUUAGUAUCAGUCUGGGCUGAUCUUAUUGCAGACUGGCAUUCUUGGGAAGAAUCAGAGGAUUUCUCAGUCUUUAAUUGUAUUAUGGAAGUUGUUAGAUUAAAUAACAAAUAUGCACUGAAGAACUUUUUUGUGAAGCCAACACCAUCUCCUCCAGCUCCACCAGUGCCUCAAGGGUCUAUUGUAGAAAACAUUGGAGCUUUCAUUAAUCAGACAAUCUCACAAUAUCCAUCUGCUACAUGGAAAGCUUGUUCGUGUAUUCAUAUGUUAUUGAAUGUUCUUAGUUACUCGUUUGAAGCGGAAGGCGUUAAGGAGUCGCUGGUAGUCACGUUUAGUCGGACGUCGUUUUCCCGUUUUAGAGAAAUCCAAAGCAAACCAAGUGCAUUGUGGAAGCCUUUACUGCUUUCCAUAUCAACAUGCUAUAUCUGUCUUCCUGAUACUGUAGAAAGACUUUUGGAGAAGUAUGAUGGAGGAGGCUUCACAGUCUGGGUCUCAGCCCUUGGUUAUAUCUGUAGCAGCUCUUUUGCGCCCGGCUUGUCUGCGGAAUCGGAGAUAAAGUUGAUUGUGUUGACAUUGGUCAAGGUGGUGGAACGAAUAAUGGAGUUAGGAAAGCCAAGAGAUGAUUUUCUAUGGAAGUCCUUCAGUUCAUUGAUGGAGGCUUCCAUACGGCUGAAAGAAGUGCGAGAAGAAAAGGAAGAAGAAUCUGAUGAAAAUGAAGAGGAGGAGGACGACGACACUGAUGAAAUAGAAGAUGAUGAGGAUUCUGAUGCCGAUGAACUUGAAGAAACUGAAGAACAAUUUCUGGAAAGGUAUGCCAAAGCGGCUAUUGAUUUGGAAAACAAUACUCUUAUUGAAGAAGGGGAUGUGGAAGAUUACGACCAUGAUAUUGAAUUGGGUUGUUAUGAAGAAGUAGAUGAGGGAAGGAUCGUCUACUCUUUACUGGAGAAAUAUCACCCCAUCCUGAGUCAGGGACAGGGAUGGCCACCAGAGCUCCCAAGGAGAUUCUUGAAUGCACAUCCAGAAUAUACUUCGUUUCUCCGACUAUCUGGGUAAAGAUUAUUUGGAAACUUUCCAAUAUUUAUCGCUUGGGUGAAGAAGAAAUAACCUCAACUGUUAUCUCCUGCAGUUUUGGAAGUGUUCUUCAUAUUAUUGUGCAUUAAAUUAUUAUUUUUUUUUUUUUUUUUUUUUUGAGUUCUUGAUGAGUGUACAUGCCUAAACUGGUUGAGUUGUGUUUUGUCGUGAUGUCUAUGUGAUUAAUGUGCCAUGACAUUCGAUUAUAUGUAUGUGAGAUGUACGAUUUGUUUUUGAAUUCAACAAGGAAUGAGAUCGAACCGUCAAUCUUUGAAAUGAUAACUAAUAUCUUAUACACUGUACUAAACUCGGUGAUAAUUCAUGUGUUGUUAAAUGCAUCAUUCAAGUUAUUGUUUCGAAU